AAUGUCAAGUAACAUUAAUGAAUUGUCUGUAGAAUAAUUUGGUCAAAUAUAUUACAUUCUUGAAUACCGCUACAUUCAAUCAAGGUCGUGACAAUUUGUUAACGUAAAACCUUCGAUGAAUGGCUCUUCGCCUUGUCGGUCACGACUGAACUGUCCAAUCAGCUGUCUUCAAACUGAGACCGUGAUGAAUUCAAUAUGGACGUAAAAUGUACCAGUUAGCCAGCUAGCUAGCUGUUUUGCCGAAAUUUUGUUAAUUCACAAGCUUCUGUUUUAUUUCGAUGUUGUGACGGAAACAGCUGUCUCUGCUUCUCACAACUGCUUAGUUUCUUUUCAACCGCAUUGUAUUUGCGGUCAUUUUAUAAUUCAAACCGGGGGAGAUCACUUGGAGAAAAGGUAAUAAUAUGCUAACGAUAACUAGCUAGAUUUCUAGCCCAGAGCCUGCUUGUCCUGGGCGUGUUUUCAGAUGUUCUGCGUAGACAACAAUGCUACACAAGCAAGUGUGAAGAGGCUGGUUUGAUGUGCACGGCACUGAGAGAGGAGGCACCAUGAGUGGGGAGCUGGAUGCGCUGACUGUGGUGAACCAGCUACGAGAUCUUGCAGCUGACCCCCUCAACAGACGAGCCAUAGUACAGGACAACGGCUGCUUACCGGGCCUCAUCCUCUUUCUGGACCACCCCAACCCUCAGGUCGUCUACUCCGCGUUAUUGGCAGUGCGCUACCUUGCAGAAUGUCGGUCCAACAGAGAGAAGAUGAAGGGAGAGCUGGGCAUGAUGCUGAGUCUGCAGAAUGUCAUGCAGAAGAGCACCUCCCCAGGAGAGACCAAGCUGCUGGCGUCUGAGAUUUAUGAGAUUCUGCAGGCGGCUGGUAAUGACCAGGCAGAGCAGGCCGAGGCUGAAGCCGCCUCCUGUAGACGCAAGGCCCACUUCUUUCUGGGCUCCACCAACAAGAGGGCCAAGACUGUGGUGCUGCACAUCGACGGCCUGGACGACUCAACUCGUAGAAGUCUGUGUGAAGACGCCCUGCUGAAGAUCCCAGGGGUGAUCAGCUUCACCUUCCAGAUGGCUGUGAAGAGGUGUGUGGUCAGGAUCCGCUCUGACCUCAAGGCUGAGGCGCUGGGCACGGCGAUCAACUCCACCAAAGUGAUGAAGGCUGCACAGGUGGUGAAGGGAGAGGAUGGAGGAGAGCUGAUGCUUCCAUUCCAGGAGGGUGCGGAGGUGGUGGUGGUGGAACACAACGUGGACGUCCCAGACUACCUCCCUGAGGAGGAAAGCCCAUCUCAGGAGCAGGACAAGGCCGUGACCCGCGUGGGCUCCAUCACAGAUGGCGUGGGCUGGCUCAGCACCGCCGCCAACUUCCUGUCCCGCUCCUUCUACUGGUGACCACUUCCUGUGUCAGUAGCCAUCGUCACAACCCGGAAGUACCAACUGACGGUCGGUCGCCUUAGCCCACCAGCCCUGCCUAGCCCCUUCCCCGGUCAUCCAGCCCUUCUACUCUCUAGUCCCUCUCAGCAGCCACACAGAGUAGCACUCUGCUCAGUGUCUAUAUGGAGCACUGGACUGCCAUGCGCACCUUGAAUAGGGUUGCAAAAUUCCAGGAACUUUCAAUAAAUUCCCUGGUUUUCCAGAUAUCCCGGUUAGAAGAUUCCCGGAAUCAGGAGGGAAUAAGCAGGAAAGCUGGUAGCCUCCUACCAGGAUUUCUGGAAAACCAGGUCAUUUAUUGAAAGUUCCUGGAAUAACCUUCACUUGUAUAUAAGAGGAAAUAAGCUAAGAACAUGCUAGCUACUGUACCACAGGUAAAGCGCUGCACACUAAAUACACAUUCAAUCAUUACACAUUAUGCACCUCACAAGCCAUCGACGGAGGACUUCAGAAUCAGCUUCUCUUCUUUUCCUUUAGAAAAUGAGCUUACUCUGGUGCCCGACGGUCCAUCAUCUCUUUGAAACCAAAUUGCAUUGUGGGAAUGCAUGGCAUUGCGUAGUCUUCUGAGUUGGAGCGAUUGCAUUGGAUGACGCUGCGCUUGUGGAAAUAGGUUAUUUUUGUGCAUGAGUUUGAGUUCUCAUCUUUUCCUCAUUUUUAAAAAGGCCUUUUUCACUUUUUUUGUUGUCUUUUGCCAAUCUCUAAAUCACUUUUGGUUCCUUCACGUGGGGAGCCUGUUUAAAGCAUGCUGUAAUUAUUUUGUGUGUGCCGAUCUUGCUUGUUGCCUUUCCUCAAUCCUUUGUGUGUGCCUUUUUUGAUGCUUUGCUGCAAUUUAUUACUAUUUAGUGGUCCAUUUUAACUUUGCUCUAAACCUCUGAAGCCUUGUGAAUAAUGCAACCUCGGUUCUCUGCAUCCGGAGCUUGUUUGCCCGUCAUGUCUCUCACGGUGAGACGUCAUGUCUGUUGUAAGGAAACGAGACCCCAGCGACGGCUGCGGUCCAGUCAGUCACAUGACACUAGCUUCCCCAUAGAGGACUGUUGAUGCAGAAAGAAAAGGGACAUUGCGAGGGUUACUGUUAGUCUCCUAGGACCGUUGUUGUGAUGUAUUGACUGACAUCCUGAAUUUACUUCUUAGUUCUUUCCCCUUCUUCACGGUUUUCAUAUAGCAUUAUCAUAUGGCCUUCUGAAAGGUCUGAGAGUAGUCAACUAGGCCUAAAUCAUUGUAGUGGAGAAAAGUAUCUCGACCUAAAUGUGUCUCUCAACCUAAAGCUCAUCAACAUCUUCACUAUUGUGGCCCAGCCACUUUAAAUGUUUGUUUUACCCCUUUAGCCAGCAGUGUCCUUAAAACAAAGUACACACACACACCAUCGCUGCUGAGAGGAAGACCGUCGAGGUGUAAGCAGCAUCGGGGAGUGGAUAUGUACAUUUUGUAAAUGGUUCCUGGUCUCCAAACUAUGUUAAUCUCACUCCUGAUUUCCGGAAGAAAUCCUUUUUUCUUUUCUUCUGUUAGACAGUUCAACUUUGUCUCCAUUUUACUUUGUUGAAAAAUGGCACGGAAUAUAAUUUUCUAUGUAGAUAACACCCUUUAUCAAGACGCUUUGACUAAUUUCCGAUACAUUUAAAGUAUGAUGAUACUGUAGGUUCUUGCAGAAAACUGGUUUUGGAUUGACUUAAUUUUCUUUUGAGAGCCCUUUCAUGCCUGUAAUCCUGCCUUCAUGAUUUCAUCUGAUUUGAGUGUGAUUGACAUGCAUUGUGUAAAGGAAGUGCCGACCAGACAAUGAAUAGUCUCCUGCUGGAGGCCGUACUCACAGCUCACAUGGCUAGUCGAAUAGCAUGAUUUAAAAUGACCUCAAAGAAUUAGCCUAAUAACAUAUAUCCACUAAAGUGAGUUUCUCUUAUCUAGCACCAGCCCUCAAAAGUAGUGCUUACCAACAACAACAAAAACGACACCAAGUCAUAGGAUGAAGUUGAGAAAUCCUCAGUGUUAUAUUUAAUCCCAAUCCUUAGUCUUCCUAUUUUCUCUAACAUCCACAGAAUCAGUCAAGAUUUGCACCAUGUGGAGUUAAUUGUAUUAUGUUAUACCCCUUGUACUGUUUAUCAUAGAUACUUGAACACGUUAUUUUGUCUCUGUUUAAAUCCCCCAUGUGAUAUUCAGUUAGUUUUUAAUCCCACCCUAUCCUUUAAUAGCCACUACAUCAGGAUGGCUGACAGAAUCGUGUAGCAAGUCCUCAGAAUAGUAGCUUCUUCUCAUAUACAGUGUUUAUCUGCCAUCUAAUGUAAUAUAAUCUAUUGCAGAUCUCAAAACGGUUCACUCCCAAUUCAAAUAUUAAAAAGAAUUACAAUU